AAGCUUAGCUCUUCAAGGCACUGUUUGGAAAGCAUCAAACUUCAGGAGUGAAAAUGGCGGAAUAUUGUAAACGUAUUGUCAUUUCGUUUUACGUACAACGUUUUUAAGCAAAGAUCACCAUGCCAAAUUUCUUCUUUCCUUCCAACGAAACAGAUCUAUCCUUCAACUUUACGUUCAACUUCAGCCUAAAGCAAGCGUUAGAUGUCCUGCAAGAACAUUUCUCUAAUGAUAGAAUCUUUGACAAUGAUACUGAGACGAUCAUCAUCACGUGCUAUGCUUUACUGAUGGCUACGGGGCUGUGUUGUAAUCUUCUGGUGUGCAGCGUAGUGCUCUCGAAUCCUAAAAUAAGAUCUUCUCGGAAUGUCUUGGUCAUAAACCUCAACGUGUCGGAUAUCAUUCUGUGCGUCUUCUGUAUGCCCUUCACGCUGCUUGUAAUCAUCCGUAGAAGUUGGUUCCUUGGUGGCUUUCUCUGCAAAAUGGUGCCCUUUGUCCAAGCGUCUACAAUCUUCGUAUCAGCAGCCACUGUGUUAGCCAUCGCUGUCGACCGCUACAAUGCUGUUAUAAGUUUCAAUCCUCAAAAUCCAAAGGGCAACAGGAGAGAAAUGUUAAUAAGCACAGGCGUAAUAUGGCUUUCAGCUUUGCUUCUAUCAGUACCUAUAUCCAUCUACCAAGGCACUGUUCCAGUAGGACUACCCGGAUUUCAUAUCUAUUACAAGUGCGUAGAACUAUGGCCCAGUUCUUCCUACAAAGGAAUUUAUACUGUGGUUACUCUGGUGGUUCAGUUUGUUAUACCAGCUGUAGCUCUGUUGGUGACGCAUAUACACAUACGCUCGCAUCUGAACUCCAGGAUCAUCAAAGUGGACAGUGAUACACUAAAAGAACAAGGUUUGAACAUGAACUACGAGAAGCUGAAGAGAGAUCUGAGACGAAACACUCGUGCUACCAUGGUCCUUUUGAACAUUUCCCUGGUCUUCACCAUCAGUUGGUUGCCAUGGAAUAGUCUGAAUCUUCUCGCGGAAUUUAACCCUGACCUUCUAAGUCCCAGAGAACUGUACCUUGCUUUCGCCAUUUGCCAUAUGGCAGCCAUGUCUUCAUCAGUCACUAAUCCGAUACUUUAUGGAUGGUUAAACAGCAACAUUCGAAGAGAGAUGGUGAAGUUAGGUUGGGCUAUAACGAAACCAGGGACAGGGAUGGUGUCAAAUCAUGGUUCUCAAACAGAUAAUCAAGCGAUUCAACAAAACAAUACAAUGAUUCGAUUUUCGGCAGGAGAUUCUACAUUAAAAAGCACCAACCCUGAAAGCCAUUUGUGAGUAAGAUGAGACAUUACAACGGAUGAUAUAUAUAUAUAUACGUAUAUUCAGAAUAUUAAUUAUGAUUUUGUAUUGUCUAAUAUUUUCUAUUUAAAAGUAUUUGCCUAUUCUCUUUCAUUCAAAGGAUGCUUGUAAAUGAUAAUGCUUGUAAAUAAAAAUUGUA